GUUUGUUUUAAAAGAGUGACUGAGGACACAGUGUCAUAUGUUGUGAGCUGUGAAUGAAACCAGGUUUACUACAUUGUUCAGUCUGGUCAGAUGUGGUCGAGGAUGCAGCAGAGCAGCAGCAGCAGCAGCAUCAGAGGGACUGAGUUUCAGCAGCUGUGUGGAAGUUGGGCCACCCUGUUGAACCGCGUCUAUGGAGACCCCAAGGUAGCAGUGCUGAUGGACUCAAGGAUCGGGCAGUACCUGAGCAGCCACCCUUUCUUGGCUCUCACAGUGUUGCUGUUUGGAGCCAUGGGUGCUCUGCCUAUCGGAAUUUUCCUCUCUUUUGCCCUUGUGACCAUUGUUAUGUCGGCAGUAGGUUUUGUAUUCUUUGAAGUUUUCCUGUUGUUUGUAGGAGGGUUGACUCUGCUGUGUGUGCUCUCCGGCAUCGCCGUCUUCUCUCUCGUGGCUUCAAUCAUCUUUAAUGCACUUUAUGUCACCAUCUCCAACAUCCUUAGCCGCUAUUACCCGCAGCUGACAAAGCAAGGUAAAGUCCUGGAGGAUCAGGAAGAGUCCAAGGAGAGUGAAAGUGAACUGCAAAACUGAAGGAAAUGUAGUGGCUCGAUACUUCUUCUCUCUCGAUUGUCAACUUUUUAUGUGUAAAAGCUAAACUUUGCUGAGUGUCAGCAACCUUAAGUCAGCACUACUGAAGCUCUGUGGGUGGGAUUCAGACCUUUGAAUGUACCGUAUGCAAACAAUUUUCUAAGCACAAAUACUCCCUGAUUGUUACUGUCUCUAAAGCCUAAGUAUUGUAAAUACAUAUUAUUUUCUAAAAUGACUGAGGGUCAUUAUCUCUCAAAAUGUAGACAUAUAAUAUGUCUACACCAGCCAAAGCAUGGAAUAACUAAUCUUUCAACUGCCUUAAUAGUCAAAUGCAGAGGAUUUAUGCAAGUCUAAUCGGUACUACAUAUUCUAUAUAUGCAUUAUGGAUUUAUCCUGAAAUGGUGUCUCAUUUCAAGUAAUUGAGUUAAAGAGAAAAAUAUGUUGACUAAUGCCUUUUCAAUUAAUCCAAAUAAGCCAUGUGCUUUACCAUUUUCCAUAUUGUGAUUUUCAGUCUGUGUAUGUUGUUUAGGCUUAUCUCUGAAGAUAUAUGAAAAAAGCUUAAAAAUUGAAUGUGAAAGUGGAAUAAAGAAAUCUUACUAGACUGACCAAAACUACAGAUUAGUCAACUAAGAGGAGCCUUAAAAAUAACUGUUACAUGUUUAUGUUUGCUGUUACCUUUAAAAGAGCACAAUGUUGUACAUUUGUCAUGUAGCUUUGA